AUGGCGCCUCAAGUCGACAAACGGCAACCUCGGGUGCCUCUCAGCUGCGAGAAUUGUCGAAAACGAAAGAUCAAAUGUUCGGGCGAGCGGCCCUUCUGCGACACCUGCGCCCGUCGUGGCUUCAGCCAGACCUGCUACUAUCUGCGCCAAAAUGUGCAGGCGCCCUCAGGGUCCAGUUCCGAUGAGGUGCUUCAAAGAAUGAAACGAGUCGAAAAUCUACUUGAACGACAAGUCUUCCUUCUUGAGCAGCGACUUGAGCCCUCCCCCAAAUCUCAAUCAUCAAAUCCAGACAUUCUCUCCCAGCAUCAAUCAUUAUCGGUGAACUCGUCGCCCUGGACCGAGGUCGAGGUAGCUCCUUCGGACACCGCACCGCCAACUACCGUUGGUACGAUCCUGGUGUCCGAGGGAGGCUAUGAACGAUUUGUCCCCGGACUCGCGUCUUCAGAUGCUGACGCCGUCAAUGAGCUGAUCCAAUCUGCAUCUGCCCCGCCAAUGUCAACGAGCUUCCCGUUUUCCAACGAAGCACUCGCUACGCGGAGAACGCUGUUGGAGGCCCUGCCCCCCGGACGACAGUGCGACGAAUUGAAGGAUUUAUUCUUCGAAGUGUUCUCGCCGCUUUUCCACGUACUCCAUGACCCGACAUUCCAGGUCGAGUAUGCCAACUUUCGCCAGUGCCGAGGAGAAGUGUCACUGUCGUUUCUCGCGCUAGUAUUCGUGAUUCUCUCCAUCUCCGUUACCGCAUUGGACUCGGACGAUCCACUGCUGACGGAUCUCGGGAUGGAAUCAACCCCUACAGCAAAUAUCAAAAGCUUGGCGACCAAAUACCGAGCAGCCGCGAUGGGCUGCCUUUCAGCAGACCAGUUCAUGUGGCGACACAACUUGCACACUGUUCAAGCUUUAGUGCUCCUGAUAUACGCACUUUCACAUGCGCAUGGGCCCGCGUGGGCCUUGCUGGGCACCACCUUCCACAUCUGUGUAUCGAUUGGUUGCCAUAUUGACCCAUCUCAGCUGAAUCUAGAUCCCUUGAGAAGUGAACAGAGACGCCGGUGCUGGGCCGGCCUCAUGUUGCUUUAUACCAUUCAAAACACUUGCCUGGGGAACCUUGCCCCAAUGAAAGUUAUAGCCAAUGUGCGUCUCCCUGUGGAUGUGGAUGAUGAAUACAUCACCAUGUACGACAGUCCGCCGGUUCAUGCGGACGAGUCUCAGCCAAGGCCUCUUAGCAAAAUGUCGUACAUUCUCUUCAAGUUCAAGUUAUAUCGCCUAGCAUCCGAUAUAACCAGUUUCUCCCGGGAAAGUGGGAACUUGGAUGGCCUGAUCGAGCUCGACGGACGGAUCUCCAGAGAAGAGCAUGAACACGACAUCCGAUUCACAGAUCCUCGGGAGCUUCCAGUUUACCACCUGGCUCAUCUCUACAUCAUCAAAAACUAUACCAGUCAUCUGCGGCUCAUUCUUCAUCGACCGUAUCUUCCGCCGCAUUCUUCCGCUCCGGACAGCACACUGUACGAGUUUCCCGAACAAGUGCUCCAGAGCCGGCAGUACUGUAAGUUAUCGGCAAUGAGGAUCCUGAACAACCACGAGGACCUAUGUUGCGAGGAGAAGCUCAGGCCUUAUCGCUGGUUUGUGUAUGGGCUGGGCGGCUACCAGACGUUUCUCGCGGCCUCGACGCUUGUGGUGCUCCUCGGUUCGGACGACGAAUCGGUCGCUUCGGACCGCGCAGAUGUGUUCUACGCUCUGCAAAAGUGUCAAGCUCGAUUUGAGCAGCUGUCUCCUCGAAGCGACAUCUCUGCCAAGGCUGCGCGAAUCCUGCGUCGUGCACUCGGUUCCCCUGCUGCCAGUAACGGCGGCGGAGGCAUUGCUCCUCCUCAUGAACCCCCGGGGCUUCACCACCAAACCUCGAGCAUAAACGAUGAGUCGAAGAGGUAUAGCAUGAGCCACAUACCUCCGAUGUCUAGUGCCUCUCCUGGUAGCCAUGGCCAAUCAGCUUUGAUGCAUGCCGGUCCCGGAUACGUCCAGACCGGGUUCGCCAGCGCCCUGCCCAUGAACACCAACGAGCCCGCCACGAAGUUGGAACCACCAUCCCUCCUCUCGCAGCAGCAGCAGCAGCAACAACAACAACAACAACAUCCACAGCCUCAUCCUCAUUCCUUCUUCCCCUGCCCACAACCCCUCUACGAACUGAUGAAUCUGCCCGCGGAGCAAUGGCUCGGCGGCCCCUCUGCGCUGGCCUGGGACUGGAACAGCUGGGUCGACGUGCCGGGCCCCAACACCGCUGCGCCCGACAUGUUCAUGGACGCUUCAGGCGUACUGAUGUGA